CCCAGUCUCAAUCAGCCAGAUUUAAAGUAAAUGAUGAUGUUUCUGAUAUUGAGAGUGCAGCAAGUAUGGACAACACAUGUGAUAUUGAACUUGGGAAUGCAAACACUAUUGACGAGAAAUUUGAAGGCAUUUCGGCACAUUCCCCUGACAAGCUGGAUAUAGCCUUGAUGCUCUUGUCACGUUUGGCCCAGCUUCUGAGUACAGCAUUCCAGGAAGCAGGCCAAACCCCAUGGUCCUGGCUUGCCAAGGUUGACCAUGGUGCUAUACACAGCAGUCUUGAAUCUUUUGCAAAUGAUCUGGGAGUCUGUCUUGAAGAUCUGAUCAAUUUUCCACAGCCACCUUCUCUGCUGCGGUUUUGUGUGCCUGUUAAGGAAGCCAGAGGUGUCCCAGUCGGCUAUGAGGCGUACCAAACCAGUGGUUCCAGCAAUUGUUGCCUCUAUCAGGCCAUCAGCAUCCACCUGUGUGGGGACGAGAGGCUCCAGCAUCAACUGCGACUCUGCAGUGCCUUAUACACCUUAGAGAACAUGAGCUUGUACAUUCAGGAGUUUGAGGACUAUCGCGCCAGAGGGGUGAUGGCGAGGCAAUCGCUGCGAGGCUACAGCAAGUGUUCAAUUGCUAUGGAGUGGAGCUUGAUGAACACCAGAGGGAGGCCAGCCCAUCCUGGAGGGACCAGCUGCGUGUGAUGAUGUUUAAGGUUGUCAUGGAGACCUGUGAGGCAAACAAAGACAGCAGUCAGCUGCAUGUUUCCCUAUUAAGCAACGCCAUCAGUUGUGAGAUUGUGCAACAUUUUGAAGAUGGACGCAACCCAGACCCAUGCAGGGAUUUGAAGCUAAAAGCCAAUGAUAUGAAAAGGGAACCAUCGAAGGAAUUCAACAUUUUGUGGUGUAGGUUCAGUUUUGAUUCUUGCAAUAUGAACCAUAUUGUUCCACUAAUUGGAAGUAGUCAGCUGCCAGGGUGGUCACUGGGACUUGAUAUGACCAAUGUCAAGAGAGAAAACACACAGGCAUAGUGAAUAUUUAAGUUAAGUAAAAAAUUUCCUUUGGCAAUAGCUCUGGAGCAGUAGUGCUAAGUUUGUAAAACUUGUUAGCUCAAAGACCUAUCAAUAUUCAUUGUAUAUUGAUAGGUCUUUGGUUAGCUUGGUUGAUGUGCGAUAUAACUGGAAUACCACUGAAUGGAGGUUUUAUAUACCAGCCUUGUGUACAAGAUUUAUAGUAAAAAAUCUGGCCUUCAACACACCUUUGAAGAAGGAUUGUCAGCAGAGGAAGCCACCACAUUUUUAUGCUCCCCAAAAUAUUUUUGUGGAGCAUAUAGUUGCCAGUUUGUAGUUCCUUACUUCCUUACUUCCUUCCUUCCUUCCGUCACACUUUUGUUACAGUUUCUCAUAGCACCUUCAAUACUUUACCGAUCUCUUUCAUAUUUGGCAUGUAGGUACCUUGCAUGGACCUCUACCUUUUGAUGAGGCUUGAGGUCACUGGGGUCAAGGUCACCGAGGUUAAUAAUAGAUUUUCUGUCACACUUUUGGAACAGUUUCUCAUUGCACCUUCAAUACUUUACCGAUCUCUUUCAUAUUUGGCAUGUAGGUACCUUUUAAGGACCUCUACCUUUUGAUGAGGUUUGAGGUCACUGGGGUCAAGGUCACCGAGGCUAAUAAUAGAUUUUUCCGUCACACUUGUUACAGUUUCUCAUAGCACCUUCAAUACUUUACCGAUCUCUUUCAUAUUUGGCAUGUAGGAACCUUGCAUGGACCUCUACCUUUUGAUAAGGUUUGAGGUCACUGGGGUCAAGGUCACCGAGGCUAAUAAUAGAUAUUUCCGUCACACUUUUGUUACAGUUUCUCAUUGCACCUUCAAUACUUUACCGAUCUCUUUCAUAUUUGGCAUGUAGGUACCUUGCAUGGACCUCUACCUUUUGAUGAGGUUUAAGGUCACUGGGGUCAAGGUCAAGGUCACAGAGGCUAAUAAUAGAUUUUUCCGUCACACUUUUGUUACAGUUUCUCAUAGCACCUUCAACACUUAACCGAUCUCUUUCAUAUUUGGCAUGUAGGUACCUUGAAUGGACCUUUACCUUUUGAUGAGGUUUGUGGUCACUGGGGUCAAGGUCACUGAGGCUAAUAAUAGAUUUUUCCGUCACACUUUUGUUACAGUUUCUCAUAGCACCUUCAAUUCUUUACCGAUCUCUUUCAUAUUUGCCAUGUAGGUACCUUGCAUGGACCUCUACAUUUUUAUGAGGUUUGAGUUCACUGGGGUCAAGGUCACGGAGGCUAAUAAUAGAUUUUUUAGGUGGUUAUCAACACAUAGAUUGACAAAGCGCAUCAUCGGGGAGCAUCCAUCAGUUUCACUGAUAUUCUUGUUUAAGGGACGCUAAAUGAAAUAAAAUACAAUCCCUUCUGUGAACACAAACUUUCAUGUAUGGACGGUGUAUUUGGUACUGUGCUGGUGUUUUAUUUUGUUAUACUUAUGUUAAAAAUUGUAAUAAUUUGUAUUGUGUUGUUUCUUUUCUCAUUAUUAUAAAUAUGAACUAUACCUCUUCAUUUGUGUAUGAAUAACUGAGUGUAUGUAGUAGGGCAUACAUUUAUGUAAAAUACUAGCUAACAUGAAAGCCAAGACAUGUAUGGUCUCAGUGAGAUACAUCUUGAUUCUUCUUCUGGUACAGCACUCCUUCUAAAUUGAAGAUUUUGUGCCAGCACCUAUUGGUUAAGGGGUGAAAACUGUACAAAAGGUGCUCAGUGGGGUGUUAGUUUAAAA